AUGAAGCGGACGCUGAAUCAGCUGUACGCCAAUGGCUCGAUCAAUAAGCCCCCCGACGAUGUCCUGGCCUUCAUUGCCCGCUUCAAUCGACUGGUCACAGCCGCCAGAGGCAGCGUCACCCCUGACCCAAAGGACAUUCGCGAUCUCUUGCACGAACAUGCGAUCUAUGGUGACGACGCCAUGGUAAUCCCACGCGUACUGAUUGCAGACAGGACUCCGGAAAAUCUAUAUCUUGGCAAGAAGCUGAUGCUCAGCCUGUCAAGAGUUGGUAACAUUGAAGCUUCUAUCAGGAUUAUGGCCGAUGCCAUCUACACUUCGAAAAAGAACCCACAUGCUCUGCAGUCCAGAGAGAUCAUGUUCGCCAAAGAACACCUGAGGAUCGCAGCAAAUGAGAAGCUCAACUAUCGUGCUAUGGUGUGCGAGGGCAAGGUUGCACAUGCUUUGGGCGACGAAGAGCGAGCCAUACAAAUGUGGACUGAUGCCAUCAGCGCGGCCGUGGCUGCCGCCGAGGAACGUGAGCCGAGGGAAAGGCAGGCGGGUGUUCCAAGUGCGCUUAUGGCACGCGUCCAACGAGAUCCUCUGGAGUUGUCAACGCCGUGGAUUGAGUUGAUGUUGAUUCAUUGGCAGCGGACUAGAAUUAAGGGCUUGGAUGAAAUGGCUCAAUGCGAAUGGGCCAUGAAUAUUGGUUGUGAGCAGGACGAUCCGACCUCCCAUUACUACGCAUCCACCUUCGUGAAACGGCUCGACAGCGAAGGCGGCCAUGUUGGUACAAGCGAAUGGUUGUAUCAUGUCACGAAAGCUGCUUCGUCGGGCCACCCAAAGGCUGCCUAUGAGCUUGCUGUCUUCUAUGCCGAAAGUGGCUGGAAAUAUAUCGAAGAUGAGCCUCCCGAUCAUGUCAAGCCAACUCCGUUCGACUCCUACCCAAGCAAUUCAGCAACAUUUCUGGAUUCAGUGCUUUCAUUUCUUGGGCUGAAGACACGAGAAAAGGCACGGCCACAGGAAAGCAUCUUCCACAGUGCCAUGUUCCCGUCCACGGCGGCUGCCAGACAUGAAAUCGCAUACAACUGGCUCGAUGUUGCGAUUGGAUACUGCUAUGCUCCUGCAUAUCUCUUUCGUGCUCGUAUGCUGCUAGCGAAGAACUUGUGGGCGGGUGCCGAUGCUCCCGAUGCCGCUCUCAGUCUCAAUCGAAGUCGUUACACUUAUGCCUCAAAAGAGGAUUACCACGCCGGAGAAACAGCAUCGAACAACGGACAAAGCUCAAAGGCGGACGUCGCUGAUCCUCCAAACCCGUUUCGAAACGAGGAAUCAGCAAAGGCUUUUUUGAGAGAGGUCUUUUAUGCCCAUGAAGCAAAUGAUUAUGCUAGCCAAGCACGUCGAGCAUAUGCAAACUCACGACGUUCUAGACAGUGGCAAGGAGAGGAGGAAAUCCUCGAUGAGUACUUUUGGCGCAAAUAUGGACCUGACGUCCAAAAGUUCUUUCGCUUUCCUGAAAUCCGAGAGAUGUACGAAGACCAAAUCGAAAGUCUGUACGAACAAGCGAAGGAGCUGUGUGACCAGCAUCAAUUCGACAUAUACGACAAGGAGAAUGCUUUGAUCUACAAAGCGGGUACUGGAAAGAAGCGAAAGAGUAAGACUGUCCACAGUGCCUCGUUUUGA